AUGGCUCAACUCUCCGAGAGAAUCAAAAAACUCAAUACUCAGAAGAAGGCAACUGAUAGAAGAGUCAGAAGGAAAAAAACGACUUUGGAACAAAAAAUCAAAAAAAGUGGAAAGAAUGAUACUCAUGAUGCCACCGUAACUCUUUUCAAUCUGGCUCCAUCUACCACCUCCAGUGGCCUUCGUGUGCAGUUAUCUGAAUUUCAAAUCAAAGAUGUAUCAAUUAAUUGCAACCAAAACGGAAAAUCAAUUGGAACUGGAAGUUUAGCUAUUUCAAAAAAUCAAGCUACACGACUAAUUCAAAAGUGUUCUGGAAUGGUUCUGAAAGGGAAAGAGCUAGGAUUCAAGUUGACUGAAAAGCCAAAAAUCGGCAAGAGAGUGAGAUUCAAUGAUGAGAAUGCAACUUUCCCCUCGAAGAAUAUUUUGGCGGCACCUCGGAAGUCAAACCCUUCUCUCAACAGAACAGAGAAAUUAGUGAAGAAGUUGAGUGCAAGAAAUUUGAGUGAUGAAGUACUCUCUUUCACUUUUAAUAACUUGUCUGUCUGA